AUGCGCGAGUACUACCGAGACGACCAACUGGCUGAAAUGGAGGAAGAGUGCUGGCGUCGCUACAAAGUCUCUCUCUUCAUGGCGGACGCAUACAUCGGUGAAGAGGAAAGUGCUCCAACAGCCUCGAAAGCUGCUCAGAAGAUCCGAGUGUCUCGCAAAACGUUUUGUGGGACAAUGAUGCCUGGAGCAGGCCCACAACGGGCCACGCGCAAUUUGGUUACGACGGAUGGUAUGCGCUUCCUAGCCAACUACGAGUCUCGCAACCGACCAAGUCAACGCGGUCUACGGCAGAAGCUUCAACCACGCGGCAGUGUGGCGAUGCAACAAGCUCCACACGGUACAGGCCACGAACUCCACCAGUCGUUUGGUCUACCAAUGCUGCCAUCGGGAGCAGCUCGAGCGCAUCGUCGACAGCGGAAGCUCAAGCGCAGUCAGUCCUUGCCACUAUUCGACCGACACUUUAGUCACAUGAUCCGCGAGGAGCUACGAGAUUCCAACGCCAAAGAGUCCGAGAGCAAGCUCAAUCUCGGCUUUGAGCUGCUUCAACGCUGCCGCCAAUCCGAGUUUUCGUCACUGUUCAGGGUGUAUUUGGUCUGGAUCAAGCGACGUGAUCGAUGGCUGGACUGGUAUAACCAGCAAAUGCAGCGGUUUGAAUGCAUCUCCACCAAGGCCGAACACUUUAUCAACCUGCUCUCGCGCUGCUACCGACUUUGGGAGUGGAUUAUCGUGUUUGUGGGCGUCUUUUACGCCGUGACGACCCCGUUCUUCGUGUGCUUUGCCUCAGAUAUGGUGACACUCGAAGGCAACACACCUGAAGAAGACGACACGGCGUUGGAUCAUUGGGAGCGAAUUGUGCUCUGCAUCGAUGUGCUCUGUCUCGCAGACCUCGCUAUCAAGCAUUCAGCGUUUCGGCGUGUGCUGCGUCUCAGUGCCGGGGGCAGCACUGACAUCCCUGCAGCAGCGAAACCAGCCGCAGUCACGCCUCCGUCCCUCUCAUCUGCAGGUAGUAUGCGCUCACUGAAUGCUGAUGUUGCUUCACUGAAAAAUAAGGCGAAGAAGUCUCGGCGUUGGUGGCGACGAAAGGGUCAUUUCUGGCUGGAAGUGGCGACCUCCAUCCCUCUCGACUUGCUGCUGUACUUGCCGCCGCUGUCGACGUCCUCGAUGGUCGAGUAUCGCUGGUUCUACCUGUCGCUCCUGCAGCUCAACAAGCUGCCGCGAAUCUUGGAGGCGAUUGAAGUGAGCGAGCGCUUGACGCAGUUCCUGGGCAGUGACCUGAACUUGUCCUUCAGCGAGAGUCGACUGCACUUCAUCCGCACCGUGUGCGUCUACCUGCUGUCUGGCCACUGGAUCGCGUGCCUUUGGUUCCGCUUGGGCUUGCACGCCUACGAGAUCUACGGCGACUCGUGGCUGUCCACGUACAAAAUGCUGCCAGUCGAUCGCUUCGGUGCUUUGAGUGAGAUCCCCACGUCGCGGCGCUACCUCCGCUCACUCCACUUCGCCAUCGGGUCGAUCACGACCGUCUUCUACGGCGACGUAGUCAGCAUGAACGUGGUGGAGACUGUAGUCGAGAUCGCCUUCAUCGUGGUCUGCAUCUUGAUCUUCGGCGUGCUCGUGGGCGCCCAGGGCGAGCUCAUCGAGUCCAACUACAAGCACAAGAUGCUGUUCGAGCAGAACCUGAUCGAGCUCUACCACUUUCUCCGGAACAACGACGUCCCGCGCGACGUGCGCCAGCGCCUGCGGCUCUACUACACCAACACGUGGCUUAAGUAUCACGGCCACGACGACUUGGAAGGCAUCCGCGGGCUCUCGACGUUGCUGGUCGAGGACAUUAUCCAGUACACGCUGCGGGACUUCGCCAACGGCGUGUCGAUCCUCAAGAGCUGCGACGAGAGCUUCCUGCGCUCGCUGCUGACGUGUCUGAAGCACAUCAUCUGUUCGCCCGCCGAGGCCGUCGUGCGCAAGGGCGACGUGGACCGCAGCAUGUACUUCAUCGCCAAGGGCAAGGUGCUGGUGCAGGGUCCUGGCUUCGAGCUGGUCAAGCACGAGGGCGACUUCUUCGGAGAGCUGUCGCUGCUCUACGGCAUCCCGCGCUCGGCCACGUGCUCGUCGCUCGGCGUCUCGCUGCUCUACGUGCUCGAGUGGGAGACGUACGAGCGGCUGCUGGCCGACUACCCGGAGAACCGCGAGCAGAACCGCCGCGAGUGGGUCAUCGUGAGCACCGUGCUGCAGACCGGCGAGUCGCGCUUCCGUUCCAUCAUCGACAUCGUCGCGCGCAUGGAGAAGGCCAACUGGGUGCUCGUGGACGAGAUCAUCCGCAAGGCCAAGAGCCUCAAGUAG